AUGGCCGGGGUGGCAGACAAAGCGCGAUUCUUUCUGGAGCAGGCCGUACCUCAGCUGCGAGAGUUUGAGGACAAGGAGAUUUUCACCAGGGAUGAGAUUCGCAACUUGGUCCGCAAACGAACCGACUUUGAGCACCGAAUCCUUGCGCCCGGUUCCAAGGCCCCAGACUUUCUCGCCUACGCCGAGUGGGAGCGCGGCCUCGAGACCCUCCGCGCCCGACGCUGCGCCCGUCUGGGCAUACGACAGCUCACGCAUCAGCAUGCUGGCGUCGGGCGUCUGGGUCAGAUCCACGAGCGCGGCGUGAACCGCGACCCGGGCUCCGUCCACAUGUGGCGGAGCUACCUCGAGCACCUCUCGCAGCAGGGCGCCGCCAAGCGCUGGAGGCGCGUCGCCACCCGCGCCCUCAGGUUGCACCCCCAGGAUGCAGAGCUCUGGACGCUGGUCGGGAGGCGGUCCGCCGCCAACGGGGACAUGGACGGCGCGAGGGCGUACUUCCUCCGCGGCUGUCGGUUCUGCACAAAAAGCGUCUUCAUUUGGGUCGAGUAUGCCCGCGUCGAAAUGGAGUGGCUGGCCAAGGUUGAAAGCAGGGGCAAGGGCAAGAAGGCGCUUGCUGCUCUCAGGAAGGAGCAGUCGACCGACGAUAGUGACCAGAUCAAGCUCAAGGACGACAGCGACGAGUCCGACGAUGAUGACGAUGGAGACCUGAUACCUGACAGGGAGAUGGCUGCUGCAAAGGCGUUGGAGAGGCAACAAGCGCCCAAGAUUGAAGACGAAGAAGCGGUCAAGAAACUGGAAAAGAGUCCCGCCCUGGGAGGCGCAAUACCACGGGCCAUUUUUGACAUUGCGACCAAGCAAAAGUUCUUCGAGGCCACUUCCGCCGAAGCUUUCUUCAACAUGUUUUCUCGCUUCAUAUUUACAGUCGAAUCCUGCGCAGACCUGAUACAGCACGUCUUGGACACAAUGAUGAAGUCCUAUGAGAGGCAUCCGGCCACUUGGGAUUGUUACAUCCGCCAGCCCUUACUCCCAGUUCAAGAUUUCACGUCUGCUGAUUUCCCGAGGGCGUUGAGAGAAUCUUUGGGAAGACUUACGCAGGGCUUAGAAGCAACGGACCGAAAGCCCGAACUCGCCGGAAAGACACUGUCUUGGGUCGUCUCCCUGUUGUCAAAACAGGGUCUGGACCACAGCAUCGUGACGGUCCUCGAGAUGACCAAGAAAAGGAUGGAAUCAUUACUUUAA